AAUGAGUGAAAUUCCACUCCCGGCUGAAAAAUUUCAAAACUCAAAAUUUCACUCUUUUCCCGCUCAUCUCUCCAUUCCAUUUCUUCCUAGUUCCUUCCUUCACCAAUCUCUUGUUGUUCUUCUUCAAUCCAUGUCAUGUCAUGUCAUGUGAAUCCAUCAAAUAUCACACCAUAUUAGUCUUGAAUGAAUAUUAUCUAUCUUACUUAAUUAAUCAGCCAGCAACUCAACCACCGUCAUGUCCACUCGCCGCGGCGGCGGAGGCGACGCCGCCCUCAGAUCCACCACCAGGUCCGUCACUCCUCUCUCAACCUCCACCGAAAAGGACAACAACAACAACCCUCGCAGAUCCACUUCUCGCGGAUCCGGAUCCACCCACAACCCGACCCAUAAACCCGUCACCAAACCCGUCCCUCGCGUCGACCGCAGAUCUUCCUCCUCCUUCUCCUCGCUCCCCCGAGGCCGAAGCCCCAGCCCCUCCGACCUCCGCCAAACCCGCCGCGUCUCCGUCGACCGGGCCGCCAAGGACCCCACCCACCUGAAGCGCCGCGGUGAUCCGAUCGGUAAAUCAGCCGAGAAACCCAGCCGCAACGAAAAGUUGAAAACUUGCUCGAAGGAAAGUGAAGAGAAGGACAAGUACCCUAGCAGGCUUCACGAGAAGCUUGCGUUUUUGGAAGGGAAGGUGAAGAGAAUUGCCUCUGAUAUCAAGAAGACCAAGGAGAUGUUGGAUAUGAACAACCCUGAUGCUUCAAAGGUCAUACUUUCUGAUAUUCAAGACAAGAUCUCGGGUAUCGAGAAGGCCAUGGUUCGUGUCGUUUCGACCGAAAAUGAAAAUGAUAAUGGUGAUAAUGGUAGCACCAGCAAGCAAUUGGGUGUGUGUGUUGUUAAUGUUGAUGACAAUGAUGGGGUUGAAAUUGAAACUGAGAAAGGUAAGAGCUUGGUCAAAGGGUUGAACAAUGAGGAGCUUGAGGCCAGGUUGUUUCCUCAUCAGAAGCUGCUUCGGGAUCGGACAGUGAAUAAGGACUGUGUGAAGGUGGAAGAUGAGGUUUUGAGCCUUGUUGAUGACAAUCCGAUCGCGGUUGAGUUCUUGGCUUCUCUUGAAAAAGGGAAUGGAAAGGUUGAUGCUUGUGGUGGUGGCCCUUCUGAUGGGAACAAGGCUUCUGCUUUGAACAAUCAAAAGUAUGACAUUGAUCUUCUACUAGCUGCUGAUGAGAAGCUUGAGGAGUUUGAUGAUCAGGAGAACAAGCAAGGGAUGUUUGUGGAAGAGGAGAUUGAUGAGAAUUUCAAUUUCAAACUGAAUGAAAUAGGGAACAAAACCGCGGCUGCUGGAUGGUUUGUCUCUGAAGGGGAGGCUGUUCUUCUUGCUCAUGAUGAUGCUUCCUGCUCUUAUUAUGAUAUUGCCAAUUGUGAGGAAAAAGCUGUAUAUAUGCCACCGCCUGGAGUUUCAAGUAAUGUAUGGAGAGAUUGCUGGGUAAUUCGUGCUCCGGGUUCAGAUGGUUGCUCUGGAAGAUUUGUAGUAGCUGCCUCUGCUGGCAAUACAAUGGAUUCAGGCUUUUGCUCGUGGGAUUUUUACACCAAGGAAAUUCGAGCUUUCCAAGCUGAGUCUGGAACAACCUCCUCAAGAACAGCACUUCGACCAUUGCCUAAUAACCUUGUGCAAAGAAGGAAUUCUGCUGCGUCUUGCAUUAUGCCAGCAGAAAGGCAAUGGUGGUAUAAACCCUGUGGACCUCUUAUCAUCUCUACUUCCAGCUCACAGAGGAGUAUAAAAGUUUUUGAUGUUCGUGAUGGAGAGCAAAUCAUGAAGUGGGAUGUUCAGAAGCCUGUUCUGGCCAUGGAAUACUCCAGCCCCUUGCAGUGGAGGAACAGAGGAAAGGUUGUGGUAGCUGAAGCUGAAUCCAUUUCUUUGUGGGAUGUGAACUCACUCAGUCCGCAGGCUUUGCUCUCUGUUCCUUCUGGUGGUCGAAAAAUUUCUGCUCUCCAUGUGAGCAAUACUGAUGCAGAGCUGGGUGGAGGGGUUAGGAAAAGAGUAAGCUCAUCAGCGGCUGAAGGAAAAGACGGUGUGUUCUGCACUUCAGAUUCUAUCAAUGUCUUGGACUUUCGCCAGCCAUCCGGCGUGGGCCUCAGAAUAUCAAAACUUGGUGUCAAUGUGCAAUCAGUUUUCUCUAGUGGAGAUUCCGUCUUCCUUGGAUGCACCAGCUCAAGCUCAAUGGGCAAGAAGCAGUCCUCAUCACCACAAGUUCAACAAUUUUCGUUGCGCAGACAAGCACUGUUUAGCACUUAUGCUCUUCCAGAGUCCAGUGUACAUUCCCAUUAUGCAGCAAUCAGCCAAGUUUGGGGUAAUUCUGACUUUGUCAUGGCUGUUAACGGCCUAGGACUACAUGUGUUUGAUGCGCAGAAAGAUGAUCCAUUAAGGGUUCUCAAUCUCAAUAUGGAUUCGUCCUCCAAUGCUCAAAGUUUGAGGGAAGUUGUUGGUCCAGAUGACUUGUAUUGGCCUUCAUUUGAUUAUCUGGGUUCUCGUGCUCUUCUGAUCUCCAGAGAUAGACCAGCUAUGUGGAGGCAUCUUAUAGUUUGAGACAUCAAUGAAUUUCUGGUAUUAACUUGAAGGAUGAAUUUGCUUCUUUAGGUUUAAAUGAUGAAUCACUGCUUUUGUAUUUCCUUGCUGUGCUUUUAAGGACUAGAUUUUGUGUUUUUUGUGUUAGAUGUGUUGAUUGUCUUAGUUUUUUAUGCAAUAGCUUUGUUUUCCCAGGGUGAAAACUUAUAUCUUCAGACUGGCAACACUGGAAGAGGAAUAUGUAUUUUAUAUAUAGCUCAACCUACUGGUUUUUCUUCU